AUGGCCAUGCUGAGCAUGGAGGGAGAGCCUGAGGUUUCUGCUGUUCAGCCACAGGUCCCGGUGAGGGUAAGCACAGACACUUCCAACUUGAGAAAGGCAGAUCCGAAAGGUCGAAGUGCGCUGUUGGCUGAUAUCCAGCAAGGGACUCGUCUGCGAAAAGUCACCCAGAUCAACGACCGCAGUGCCCCGCAAAUCGAGAGUUCUAAAGGCACCAACAAAGAAGGAGGAGGUUCUGCAAACUCCCGAGGUGCGAGCACGCCCCCAGCACUGGGAGAUCUGUUUGCCGGUGGCUUUCCUGUGCUGCGACCAGCAGGCCAGAGAGAUGCAGCAGGCGGCAAGACAGGGCAGGGCCCUGGCUCCCGAGCGCCUUCUCCCAGGCUGCCCACCAAAGCCAUCAGCGGCCCGCUUAACCCCCCUGCGUCUCCCAGGCUAGGCGCAAACAACAGCAGUGAAGCCCCACCCCCGCUGCCCCCCAAGUCCCCCAGCUUCCAGGCCCCGCCGCAGAAACCCAAUGCGCAGGUCUUGCCGGCGCCGCCCGCCCCUCCGGGAGCCCAGCCGUUUCUGCAGAAGAAGAGGCACGGCCGGGGCCCAGGGACCAGUGGGGGAAAGCUAAAUCCACCCCCUGCACCCCCUGCGAGAUCGCCCACCACAGAGCUUUCAAGCAAGAGCCAGCAGACCUCAACCUGGACCCCAACACAGCAGCCUGGAGGUCAACUGCGAAAUGGAAACCUGCACAUCAUUGAUGACUUUGAGUCUAAAUUCACAUUCCAUUCAGUGGAAGACUUUCCCCCUCCGGAUGAAUAUAAACCAUGCCAGAAGAUCUACCCCAGCAAGAUCCCCAGAAGCCGUACACCCGGUCCCUGGCUCCAGGCCGAGGCAGCAGGGCAGAGCUCUGAUGACAUUAAAGGCAGAAAUUCCCAGUUAUCACUAAAGACUCUCCGGUGAGAAAAUGGAUGAAGCCAAGGUCCUGGGGUUCCAGAUUGCAGGAGAGGAACCCCCAGGAGAACAUGUCAGAUCCCUCCAUGCUCAAACUGUAUUUCAGUUGAUAUACAGGCUCUGAAUUGAGCAUUUAUUUAUUGUAAAUAAGUGGUUUGCACGGGCUUUAAAGCAGUAUUUUAGUUUAUUUGAGUAAUAUUUUUAAAAAACACCCACCAUUUUUCCAUUUUUUACAAUGCAUCUUGGCAUUCAUCUGUCAGUACAGAUAGAACCCUGUCCCUCCCUAUAACACCCACUCCGUGACUGUGAAUAUGCUUGCAGGCUGGCCCUUCCUAGAUUCCAAACUGUUUUUAGAGAGUCCAUAGUUUGCAAGUAGUCCCCAAGUCAUAAGUAUUCACAAUGGCUUCUUAUUGGCAUGAUUUUACAUUCUCAUCGCACCAACUGCAAAGUCAAACCAAACAAUGCCUUAUAAAUGAUGCAGCUCAGAGGAAGUAGUGUGUCCCCCACACCCAGACUAUGCCACACAGCCUCCAGGGAAGGAGACGCCAUGUCUCACUUCUAUUUUGCAGUACAGGGAUUUUUUUUUUUUUUUUUUUUUUUUUGGCUGCUUAAUGUAAAUAUAUCACAAAGUAAAGGCAUGAGUGGGCUUGGCCCCUCUGACGCCGACCACAGGGCCCCUUUUGUAACUGAAGAAUGCUACAAGUAGCCAAUGCUCCUACUGUUUACAGUGUCCCUAGUGCCCAAGUCUCCAUUACUUUCCUCCUGUCCCCUCCAAGUUCCCAGCCCCAUCCUGGUAGCCAGGGUAAGGUCAGUAUGAUGAAAUUUCGGUAUUUUUUUUUUCCCCUACAGGUUAAAAACAGACACUACUCAUUGUUAUAGUAAACUACUAAUUCUGUCUCAGAGGUUUCCCCUUCCACCCCCCACUUCAAAUGCAGAAUUUGCAUGGAAAUACAACAUGAAAAAUUGUAGAAUGAAAUGUCUCUUGAAAUAAUGUCUGGUGCCUCGCCCUCACUUAAGAAACUUUGGAAUCACCCAUUAUGCAUUAGCUCCCUUCUGAGCGAAAAGAACCCCACUGGCCUGCCAGCACCCAUUCUUUCCCUUGUGGUGGGCAUCUCCCUGCAGGACAGAUGUGUGUGCAAGGCCUGCCUGCAGGGGGAAAGGAUCGAGCCAGGCUGGGACGGCUCUUCACACUCAUUUCUCUUGCCAGCAAGGGCUUAGAAGUGUGUCUUUGCUUGCUGCCUGACCUCAGGUGCUCACCAUCGUUGGUGAGGGGAAGGCUGGGACAGAGGAAGGAGAGAAAAUAGAAGGAAACAGACUGAUCCCCGGGUUGUGCUCAAAAUAACUGCCCAUUAAAGAAAAUCAGGGAGAGAGGGGAGGGAGACCAGUGGAAAAUAAGUUUGCUGUGUAGCAGCUCACUUGCGCAUUCACACCUGAAGGAUAUCAUGUCCAGAGUAAGCCAUCCAGAAAGGGAGGAGGUUAGGAUGGUUUAGGCACACAUGACUGCAUACACCUAGCGGUUGUCUGGAGUAAAGACUCAGCUGGCUUCCUACAUCAGUGGUGUGCUUUCUCAUUCCAGACAGAAGCAAGUGAAUCAGGGUCAAGUUCUCUUCUCUGGGGAAUGAAUCCAGCCAAACUUUAACAGCUGCAUCCACAGGAAAGCUUUUGCAGGUCAUCCAUUCUGGGUGAAACUGAUCUGUUUUAUUGAUUCUGGAAGUUUUCCAAAAGGUCAAAUCUCUUUAUUACAACCUUAACCACUCUACCGCCCUCACAGUCCCUGAACAAAGGCCCUUUCACCUUCAGAGUAGACUGCUUGCCCUGAUGAGGUGUUUAUACAUUCAUGUUCCAUAUGGCUGGGAUAGACAUGUAAAACUUAAAACUAUUUAAGGACAGAGGGAGGAAUGAGCAGAAACCAAAAAUGGCAAUUAGGGAGAAAUCUCAGGAAUCUGGCAUCAUGUCUCUCCCUCUCACUGAAUUCACAACCCUUCGAGCUCGUGCCAGUGCACUGAGUUCCUCUGGCGGUGUAAAGGUUUAGCCCCUUGGCCAUAAACUCACUCUUAGAGGCAACUGCAUUGCAGAGUUCCCGCCGGCCUUGCAUAUUCUCACUGACACUGUGGUCUGUGACUCCCGCGAUGUUUCACAUGUAUUUUAUAUUUAUUGAUGUCUCCUUCUGCAGAUUCGUUUCUUUGUACCUAAUAAACUUUAAUAAGUUGGAA